UUUCCCAGAAAUUCUCUCCCAAGACUUCACUUAAUGACUACCUGAGAGAAGUUGCAGGACUGAAGGGCACGAAGGUGAUGUGCCGUGAGGCCGGAUGUGGAUGCUGUUCUGUUACUGUAAGCCACACACGUCCAGAUUCUGACACACUACAGACCUACAGUGUCCAGUCAUGCAUCACUCCCUUGUAUGCUGUGGAUGGCUGGCAGAUCAGCACCAUCGAAGGCAUUGGCAACCAAAAGAAUGGGUUCCAUCCUAUCCAGGAAAGAAUUGCCAGCUUCAAUGGCACUCAGUGCGGUUACUGCACACCAGGCAUGGUCAUGAAUAUGUAUGGACUGCUUCAUCAGAAACCCAACAUUACAGCCCAAGAGGUUGAGGACAACUUUGAUGGAAACCUCUGUCGUUGCACAGGAUACAGAUCCAUCUUAGAUGCCAUGAAGUCAUUUGCAGUAGAUGCCAACAUCCCAGGAGCCAAAGCAAUUGACAUUGAGGACUUGAGCAAGAAUUUGUGUCCUAGAACUGGUGAAGUUUGCAAAGAAGAUCACCCCAAUGGAGGAAAUCGCAGUCUUAACAUUCAGAUAAAUGGAACAGCAUGGUACAGGCCCCAGUCAUUGAGUGAUUUGGGAUCUAUUCUGGCAAGCAACAAGACUAAGCAAAGCAGAUUCAUCUUUGGAAACACUGCAUCAGGUAUCUUCAAGAAUGAAGGUCCAUUUGAUGUGUAUAUUGACCUUCAUGGUGUUAAAGAGAUAUACUCAUUUGUGGUUGGUGAAAACAGCAUUAAGUUUGGUGCUGCGACCUCCUUGACAAACUUCAUGUCCAGACUGAGAGAAAAUCAGGACAAACCUGGAUUUAAAUACUUCUCUGCUGUGCACAGACAUCUAAAGUUUAUUGCAAAUGUCAUGGUUAGAAAUGCUGGAUGCAUUGCUGGUAAUCUGAUGAUCAAACAUGCACAUCCAGAUUUCCCAUCUGAUAUUUUCACAAUACUGGAGAGUCUUGGAGCUCAAGUGGACAUUUAUGAUGUUUCCACCUCAAGGUCUACCAGCUACUCACUCCUGGAUUUCCUGAAUCUGGACAUGGCUGACAAAGUGAUCUUAGCAGUUGAAGUGCCCAAACUGGCAGACAAUGAAGUCUUCAAGUCUUUCAAGAUCACACCAAGGUGGCAAAAUGCCCAUGCCUAUGUGAAUGCAGCUUUUAGAAUCAAAGCUGAAGGCCGUGCAAUCAAAGACAGGCCUGCUCUUGUUUUUGGUGGGAUCAGUGCCUCCACAGUUCAUGCUGUUAAGACAGAAGAAUUUUUAACCAACAAGACUUUGUCAAAGUCAACUGUAGAAGAAGCACUAACUAUUCUGAAGGGAGAGCUAAAGCCAGAGUCUGGUGAACUCCUGUCAUCUCCACAGUAUAGACAAGAACUGUCAGUGUCCCUGCUGUACAAGGUGCUUCUUGGAAUUUAUAAUCCAGAAAAUCCAAAGUUGAGAUCUGGAACAGAAUAUCUCCAUCGUCCAAUUUCUUCAGGUCUGCAAACAUAUCAAGAGAUGAAAAGUGAAUGGCCAUUGAAGAAAGCCAUGCCAAAGAAAACUGCACCAUUGCAGGCAUCUGGUGAAGCACAGUUUGUGAAUGAUAUCCCAACCUUUCAGCAUGAACUUUUUGCAGCAUUUGUUCCAGCAGGAGUUGCUGCUGCCACUCUAGAGAGCAUCGAUGCUUCUGAGGCCCUGAAAUUACCAGGAGUUGUGACCUUUUUGUCAGCCAAGGACAUUCCUGAAGGCGGAACAAACAACCACAUGGUCAGCUCUGGUUUCUUCCAGUUCAAAGCUCAAGAGUUAUUUGCAACCAAGGAGAUUGGCUACAGUGGCCAGCCUGUGGGAAUCAUAAUUGCAGAAACUCAGAGCCAGGCUAAUGCAGCUGCCAGGAAAGUGAAAGUCAAUGUUUCCAGCAUUCACCCACCAGUUCUGAGCAUAGAAGAAAGCAUUGCCCAAAACAAGCAAUAUGAGUUUGGUGUAAAGGAGUUUGUUCUAGGAACUCCCGAUGAAACACUCAAUACUGCUGAUAAAACAAUAGAAGGUGAAUGUCGAAUGGGAUCUCAGUACCAUUUCUAUCUUGAAACACAGGUGUCGCUGGCUGUACCAUCUGAGGAUGGGAUAGACUUGUUUGCAGCAUCCCAGUAUUCAGACAUGAACCAGCAUGCAGCUUCAGGCAUUAUUGGCAAGCCCAUGAACUUUGUCAACGUUACAGUGCCUCGGCUUGGAGGUGGAUUUGGUGGCAAAGCCUGGGAUUCAUGUGCUAUGUCUGCUGCUGCCUCUCUGGGUGCAUACAUCACUGGCAGACCAGUGCGUAUAUCACUGGAUCUAGAAACAAACAUCCAGAUGUGUGGAAAGCGAUCACCUCUCCUGGCAAAAUACAAGGUGGGAUUCAGUAAUUCUGGGGAUGUCCAGGUGGUGGAUGUUGACCUGUAUCUGGAUUGUGGAAUGUUGGACAGCAAUGCUUCAGAGUUGGCUCACAUUAUGACCUACAUGGACAUGGGCUACUUUGUGCCCAACUGGAAGAUCCGCCCUCACCCAAUGUGGACAAACAAGCAGACAAUGUCUCCAACAAGGGCUCCAGGUGCUGUGCCUGCAGCAUUUGUCAUUGAGACCAUCAUGGAGCAUGUUGCUAAGACAUUGAAUAAACAUCCUAUUGUUGUGAAGGAAAUCAACCUUUAUGAAAAACAUCAGAAAGAUCUGUAUGGUCAUGAUAUGAAGGACUGUACGAUCAGAGAGCUGUGGAGACGUCUGAAAGAUACAGCUGAAGUGGAAGGCAGAAUAAGACAAGUGGACGCCUUCAAUCAGGAAAAUUUGUGGAAAAAGAGAGGCAUCACGAUGACCACCAACAAGUAUGGAAUGAUGUAUUUUGGCCCAGGCUAUGGAGCUACUGUGUCCAUCUAUGCCAGAGAUGGGUCUGUCGCUGUGUCCCAGGGAGGCGUGGAAAUGGGACAAGGGCUUUACACCAAGGUUGCACAAGGUGUGGCUUAUGCCCUAGGUGUUCCUAUUGACAAUGUUAAAGUCAGACCCAACCAGGGCAUCAUUGCACCAAACAACACCGUUACUGGUGGCAGUGUUGGCAGUGAGGCCUCCAUGCAGGCUGCUGUAGAAGCCAGCAAUAUUCUGAAAGAACGCAUGAGGCCAAUCAGAGAAAAGUUCCCUGACGCCGACUGGAAGGAGUUGUGUGAGAACUGUGCCAAGAGCAAUGUUGACCUGUCAGCCAGAUACACCUUCUCCCCUGGACCAGGAAAUCCAAAGUUCCACUAUUUCACCUAUUGUGCUGCUGUGAUCGAGACUGAGGUGGACAUCCUCACUGGUGAAUCACAGAUCAGGAGAGUAGACAUCAUGGCUGAUUUUGGAGAAAGUCUAAACCCAACUAUUGACAUUGGGCAAGUGGAAGGAGCCUUUGUUAUGGGUCUUGGUUGUUACCUAUCAGAAGAUAUCAUAUUUGAUGGCAAAACAGGACGCAUUCUCAACGAUGGUACCUGGGAAUACAAACCUCCAACAACCAAAGAUAUCCCAAUAGACUGGAGAAUUUAUUUCCUGCCGGAUACACCAAAUCCUUCAGGCCUCCGUAGUUCGAAAGCUGUGGGGGAGCCACCUAUUUCUCUCUCAGUUGGAGUCCUGUUAGCUAACAAACUGGCAAUCCAGUCUGCACGCAAAGAUCUGUUUGGAGCUGAUGACUUCCUGCCAACAGUUGCCCCGUUCACAGUGGAGAAAGCUCAGCAAAGUGUUGGCCUCACCAUCAACAGUCUGACUGUUUGA